AUGGCGAGCAACGUGAUAGACGAUAUACUGAAGCGGCUCAGCACUCCUGACAAUGGUACGUGCCUUCUCAAUGCCUCCAGAACUGCCCCUCUUGUCUGCGGUCCCCCACGUACUAACAGCAAGGCCCUGCGAGUAGAAGCGAAGGUCAAAUUCGAGGCCGCGAUCGCUCUACGCGACAGUCUCGACCAUUACACGAGUCCCCAGAUAUAUCCGCAAUUCCUUAAGCGGGUAAUGCCGAUCAUCGUGCACAUACUGCGAGGACCAUGCAUCUUCCAGAGCAACUCCAACGACCAGAAACUCAGGAACUGUGUUCUCGAGAUCCUACAUCGAUUGCCCACGGGCACGUCACCCCCCGAGCCGUUCGAGCCGUACGCAGAAGAGGUAGUCGACCUGUUGAUGACCCUCGUCAAGAAUGACAACGAGGAGAAUGCGACAAUAUGUGUCAAAGUCAUAUCCGAUAUCCUUCGGCAUCAGCAGAAAUCGCUGAGUGGAAAGGUCCAACCUUUCCUGACUCUGAUACAAGAGCUGUUUGAGCAGAUGGAUCGUGUUGUUAAGGAACAGCUCGACAAUGCACCUGCUGCGGGCAGCGCUCCUGGCGCACCAUCAACACCUGGCGCAUCGCAGACAACGUUUCAGCAUCAAUCCGGGCCAGGCUCCCCUGUGGCGCCGGCACCAGACUUCGAUCAGCAACAGCAAGCUUCCCGACCGCUCCUAAAGGGCUGGUCGUCCUUCAAAGUCCUCUCCGAGUGCCCGAUCAUUGUCGUUUCCAUUUUCCAGAUCCACCGCAGCGCCGUUCCUCAGAAUGUGAAGGCUUUCGUUCCUCUUAUUAAGAGUGUCCUCUGCUUGCAAGCAAAGGCGCAGGAGCAGGCCCAUACCGAAGCUGCAGCGAAAGGAACUAUCUUCACCGGUGUGAGUCCGAAUAUCAAGAACCGAGCUGCCUUUGGAGAGUUCAUCACGGCACAAGUUAAGGUCACCAGCUUUCUUGCCUAUCUCUUGCGUCAAUAUGCCCAGCAAUUGACCGAUUUCCUGCCGACGCUUCCCGAUAUCAUCGUUCGACUUCUCAAGGAUUGUCCCAAGGAGAAGUCAGGAGCCCGCAAGGAGCUCCUGGUUGCGAUUCGGCAUAUCAUCAAUUUCAACUUCAGGAAGAUCUUCUUGAGCAAGAUUGAUGAUCUACUCGAAGAGCGCACCCUCAUUGGAGAGGGUUUGACCGUAUAUGAGGGCAUGCGUCCGCUGGCUUUUAGUAUGCUUGCGGACCUGAUCCAUCAUGUUCGCGAAUCGCUGUCACCCGAACAGAUACGCAAGACUGUCGAGGUCUACACAAAGAAUCUCCAGGACAACUUUCCAGGGACCAGCUUCCAGACCAUGAGCGCCAAGCUCCUACUCAACAUGGCUGAAUGCAUCGCCAAGAUGGAGAACAAGGUAGACGCGAGGCACUACCUGAUGCUCAUUCUCAAUGCCAUUGGGGACAAGUUUGCCGCCAUGAACCGGCAAUACGAGAACGCAGUCAAGCUCUCAAAACAGUACAGCCAACACCAGUCUGAGGCGGCAACAGAGACGUAUCUUGCAGACAAGGAACACCCGCCUCAAUGGGAUGAGAUCGACAUCUUCAAUGCCAUGCCAAUCAAGACAUCCAAUCCGCGAGAGCGUGGCGCGGACCCGAUCGUGGACAACAAGUUUUUGUUCAAGACCUUGAUGAAUGGCCUCAAGAACACGUUCUAUCAGCUCAAAUUUUGCAACCCUCACAUCAGCAUCGAGGCAGCGAAUGCGCCUGGCCACUGGCCAGAUGUCUCGUAUGGCUUCACGGCAGAGGAAGUGCAGGUCAUUGUCAAGCUGUUUCGCGAAGGCGCCUAUGUCUUUCGCUACUACGAGAUUGACAAGCCCCCCGUCGACUCGCCCCAUGCCUCUACAGUGGAGUACAUGGCCAAUUUCUACAUGGUAUCCAGUAGCAAGGAGGAGAAGGAGCUUUUGGAAACCUUUGCCACGGUCUUCCAUUGCAUCGACCCGGCAACUUUCCAUGAGGUAUUCCAGCAAGAAAUUCCACGUCUCUACGAGAUGAUCUCGGAACACACAGGCCUUCUACACAUUCCCCAGUUCUUUCUUGCCAGCGAGGCCACAUCACCAAGUUUUUGCGGCAUGCUUCUCAAAUUCCUGAUGGAGCGUAUUGAGGACGUCGGUUCAUCAGAUAUGCAUAAGUCGUCCAUCCUGCUGCGCUUGUUCAAAUUGGCAUUCAUGGCAGUCACAUUGUUCGCUAGCCAGAAUGAGCAAGUCCUCCUCCCGCAUGUGAUCGACAUUGUUACCAAGUCGAUCGAGCUCUCAACUCGAGCCGAGGAGCCAACCAACUACUUCAUUCUCCUGCGUUCGUUGUUUCGAAGCAUUGGAGGUGGCAAGUUUGAGCAUCUCUACAAGCAAAUACUUCCGCUACUGGAGAUGCUUCUCGAAGUCCUGAACAACCUACUGCUGGCUGCUCGAAAGCCUGCUGAGCGAGACUUGUACGUUGAGCUUUGUCUCACCGUCCCGGCUCGCCUGAGCAAUCUGUUGCCGCACCUCAGCUUUUUGAUGCGUCCCCUAGUCGUUGCACUUCGUGCUGGCUCCGAUUUGGUAGGCCAAGGCUUGCGUACACUCGAGCUUUGCGUUGACAAUCUUACUGCGGACUAUCUGGACCCCAUCAUGGCGCCGGUCAUCGAUGAGCUUAUGACUGCUCUAUUCGACCACUUGAAGCCGCAUCCCUAUAGCCACUUCCAUGCGCAUACCACAAUGCGGAUCCUUGGAAAGCUUGGCGGCCGCAACAGGAAGUUCAUGACUGAUGCACUGCCACUUGAGUACACAAAAUAUGUCGAUGAUGCCUCUAGUUUCGACGUGCGGCUUAUCGGUUCUAAGCGGGAUCGGGCUUUUCCUGCUGACCUAGGCGUCGGAUUCGCAAUCGCCAAGAUCAUGGAAACCCCUAAGGCUGCGAGGAGCAACAACACCAAGCAGCCCGACAUCUACUAUAAGAAGCAAGCUUUCCAAAUGGUCAAGGCUCAGUUGAAAUUGCGUAUCGGGUUCGACAACCUCCCGGAUGAUCUACCUCGGCUCCUACGCCUCCAGGCGCAGGAUAUUCUCCAGAGAAAGUCCGACGCUGACUUUUCGGUGUUCAAAACUUCGGAGCGGGAGCACUCGGUGGCCAAGAAGGAUGAUCAAAACGAUGUUUUGAAGCGGCUCAUCAAAACCAUCAUGUUCGCACAGUCAAUUCCCGAGUUCAAAGACGAGGCUGAUGAAUUCCUCAUCAACAUCUGCCAUCACUUCACCAUUCUUGAGAUUGGUCGGACACUGGUGGACCUGAAGAAGGCAACAAAUCCUUUCGAUGUCACGUCCGGGGAAGGGCCUCUUUGCCUCGACACCAGAGUCCUUUCAGAUGCGGUUCUCGAGUCUCUGGCGUCUGAACAUCCAGAUGUGCGAGACGCUGCCCAGCGGGCGAUCAUCGAGGUAUACAAUUCAGCAGUCACGAUCUUUGGGUCGGAACCCCAGAUUGCGAGUCGACUCAACUUCUUCAGCCACCUUGCGACAACCUUUUGUCACGGUUGCUACGAGGAAGAGUGGUUCACCAAGAAUGGUGGCAGCGUAGGUAUUCAUAUCCUGCUCACAAAGAUCGACUUGGGCGACCCCUGGGUUGCGAAUAAGCAGAUGGAUUUCAUCCGCGCUCUGAUGUACGUCAUCAAAGACAUGCCUCAGGAUCUCCCCGAGAAAACCAGGCGGUCUGCACAAGACACCCUCGAGGUCCUCCUCCAUAGAGUGACCAAGAACAUCAAAAAGGAGGAUGCUCUUCCAGUUCCAUCCCAACCUGGCCAGCCUCCUCAGAAACAACCCCGCCUGUCACAAGUCUGCCUCGUUCUCAACAAUGAGCUUUCUCACAUGAAUCGGCAUGUUCGUGAGACUGCGAGGAAGUCCUUGGGACUCAUUGCCAAGGCCGCGAAUACAGAGAUCUGGGAGCUUAUCGAGCCUUACAAGGACCGAUUGCUUCAGCCAAUCUACCACAAACCUCUUCGCGCCCUCCCAUUCAACAUCCAGAUCGGGUUCAUCGAUGCUGUAACUUAUUACAUGACAUUGAAACCUGACUUCGUUGCAUUCGACGACAACCUCAAUCGUCUUCUGAUGGAGUCUCUCGCUUUAUCAGAUGCUAGUGAUGAGUCUCUGGCGGGCAAGCCAGGCGAAUUCAGGACACAUGAUUUCAUUGUCAACCUGCGUGUUUCGUGCAUCAAGAUCUUGAGCACUGCAAUGGACUUCGAGGAGUUCAUGAAGGGGCCUAACAACCCUACCCGUACCAAGAUUGUCGCUGUGUUUUUCAAAUGCCUCUACCAAGAAUCGAAGCCUACCAUUGAAGCCGCCAAUGACGCGUUGAAGCGAGUCUUGUCGCAUACCAACAAGCUUCCACGAGAUUUACUUCAGUCUGGUCUACGCCCAGUCCUCGCGAGCCUUCAAGACCCGAAGCGUCUCAGUACACAUGGGCUUGAUAACCUUGACCGGCUGUUGCGGUUGUUGACGACCUACUUCAAAGUCGAGAUUGGCUCGCGUCUCCUGGACCAUAUCAAGGUCCUUGCUGACCCCAACGGCUUGCAACAGAUCUCAUUCACGUUCUUUGAGCAGAACCAGGCUAUGAAGGUCAUUGCAGCUGUCUUCAACAUCUUCCACCUGCUUCCUGAUGCUGCCAAGCAGUUCAAAGAGCGUGUGAUAGACACUGCUCUAGACCUGGAAGAGAAACUCCGCCGUACCCAGCACAGCAUUUUUCGGCCUCCUCUGUAUAUGUACCUCAACAGGUACCCCGAAGAAAUCUGGAACUUUCUUCUGGGUAAGAUUGAGGACGUGAAAUAUGGUCGAUUCCUCGCGCAAGUGCUCCGCGCCGAGGCGAGCACGCCUCUCAGGGAUUUUGCGGUCAAGAAUGUCGAAGGUCUGAUCAAGAUCUGCAGAGACAUCUCGACUGAGGGCAAAGAGACAAAGCAUGCAGCCGUCAUCAACACCAUCAACAUCCUCGAUGCCCUGUGUCAUUUCCCUGGCUCAGUCUCCUGGGUCGAGAAGAAGGAGAAUCUCGAUUGGCUCAGGGAUGCUGGCAAAGACUUGCAGCGCCACUUGAAAGCCAAUACUUUGCAGCCGAACCUCAGACUUGGAGGUGUUCAGGCUAUGGAGCAGCUUGUUUUCAUCUUGACCAAAGCUCUCGAGCUGAACUCCAAGGACUUCAACUCGCUCCUGGGUCUGGUGGAAAACAUCACUUCCAAUGGUCUUCCCGCUACGCAGACUUUCUUCUCCUACCUCUACAAACAGAUUAUCUGCAACGAGUCGGUCGAGUUCUGGAAGACGAUGAUCUUGCGAUGUCUUGAAGUGUACGCUGGCAAGACAGCGUCGCAGAGGACGAAAUGCUUCCUUCUUCAUUACAUCGUCAAUCCGAUUGUUGCAAUGGACGUGAUGCGUCACUGGAACCAGUCAGACCAGAAUAAGAAUGUGCGUUUGAUGGAUAAGACCGUCAUCGAUUCGAUCAAUGCAAAGAUCUGGAGGGUCAAUCUAGCAGAUCCGCAAGACGACCUUCUUCAGCCUGGAAUCGACCACACACGCAUGGAGGUUCUUCAGCUCUCCGCCAUGCUCGUCAAGUACCACCAUGCCAACCUUCAAGACGCCCGUAAGGAUAUCAUCAAGUUUGGCUGGACAUACAUUCGACUGGACGAUGUGAUCAAUAAGCAUGCUGCUUAUGUGGUUAUUGGCUACUUCAUCGCUCACUACGACACUCCCGCUAAGAUCGUAUCGCAAGUGUAUUCGUCGUUGUUGAAGGUCAACCACAAUGAGGGUCGAACGCUGGUCACACAAGCGUUGGAAUUGAUGGCGCCCGUACUGCCAAAGCGCUGCGCUUCGGUGCAGCCUGCAUUGUGGGCUGUAGCACCUCGCCGUAUUCUGGCCGAGGAAGGACAGAACGUUCAGCAGAUGACCAGCAUCUUCCAAUUCCUGACCAAGCACCCGGACUUGUUCUUCGAGUCUCGUGACAAAUUCGCCAUGCUCAUCAUCACAUCUCUGCGUAAGGUUGCAGCGCCACCGAAUGCCUCUAAUGAGAGCAAGAAGUUGGCACUGCACAUGAUGUGGUUGAUCUGGUUAUGGGAGCAGCGACGUGUGGAAGGCAAAUUGGCUGCCCCGCCGCGCGCUGUGUCAGAAUCUCCGAAUUCCAAGAAGCGCAAGUUGGACAGCGAUUCGCAAACCUCCUCCCCGGCAGCGUCUCGGCAAGGCCCUGUUGCCGAGAAAUCGGAGUUUAUCAUCCCUCCCGUCGGUCGACAAAAGAUGGUGCGCUAUCUUGUCGAGUUCAUUGCUCAGCUGCCUGAGAGGUAUCGAUUACCAUCUCAGAGACCUCUCGAUGCCUCUAUAUUGCCUGUUUCCACAGACCUCUGCAACAGGGCAAUGGCUUUGCUCUAUAACCUAUUGCAACCACAGUAUUGGGGUGAUCUCGAUGUCGACCUAUUCCCCAACGUCACCGAAGUCAUUCUAGCAAGCGAGCGGACCACCACUAUCCUCGCGGCAGAUCCGGGAGACCGAGAGAAACACGAUGAGAAGUUCGUCACAAACAUCAUCAAUACCCUCCAAGUCGUGCGCAUCAUCUUGAACUUCAAAUCUGACGACUGGAUCCUGAGGAACAUGGAGAAAGUGCAAAAGGUGUUGGAACGGUGUCUCAAGUCGGAUAAGCCCGAGCUCCAAGACUGUCUCCAUCUUGCGGACCCAAAAUUCGAUGAUGGUCGGGUCUUGAAGUCCACCAUCAAGAGGGUGCUUGACGCCGUGCCUGUUGAUUCAGAGGAUGUCACGAUGGAAGAUGCUGAUGCAGAAGGCGAGUCUGAGAGCCAGCCGUCAGAGAUUAUUGCCUUCCUUUCCAACAUCGCGACCGAGACCAUGAAUGCUGGAAACUACGUGGCCGGUAUCAACAUUCUCUGGUCUCUGGGUAAUCGACGCCCUUCGACCAUCGACAAUCACGUACCGGCUAUCAUGAAGUCCUUGCAAUCAAAGCUUGCCCGUGAUCACAUCUCACACUACACCGCCGUUUCCAACCUAGGUGCUCCUAACCCUCGUUCACAAGAUCCCAACGCGCCGGUUCAGAUGAAUGAGUAUGACCUGGAGAUUCAGUCGGGCCUGAUCCUGAAAGCAAUCGAUGUGACUGCCAAGCGCAUGGAAAUCCUUGGCGAUAAUCGACGACCUUUCCUCAGCGUCCUUGCAACGUUGGUCGAGAAGUCGCAACACAUCGCACUAUGUGAGAAGAUCUUGGACAUGGUCGAAGACUGGAUUUUCCGGUCUGAGGGCACCUGGCCAACGCUGAAAGAAAAGACCGCUGUUCUUCACAAGAUGCUUUCUUUUGAGCAUAGACAAGACCCAACCAUGCUCCAAAAGUUUUUGGCGCUCGUCAUUCGCAUCUACGAGGAUCCUAAGAUCACCCGCACAGAGCUUACUGUGCGCUUGGAGCACGCAUUCCUCAUCGGUACGAGAGCACAAGAUGUCGAGAUGCGCAGCCGUUUCAUGACCAUCUUUGACCGGAGCCUGACUAGAACUGCGAGUGCCCGUCUUUCGUAUGUCAUCACAUCGCAGAACUGGGAUACCCUUGCAGACUCGUACUGGUUAGCACAGGCUUCACAGCUUCUCCUGGGCGCGGUCGAGACUAGCGCAGCUGCACAGCUGCACCCUCAAGAUCCUCGGCUUGUUCGACCAUCAGUUCUCUUCAACACCUAUGCGAAAGAUGCAAGGGAGCCUACGACAAUGGCUGAUGACAAGUAUGAAGCCUUCAUGGCGGGACAUCGGAAGUUCGCUUCCGAGCUAGGCGAUGUCAAGAUUCGAGACAUUGUCGAGCCACUCACCCAACUUCAGCACAUCGAUUCCAAGCUCGCGCAUGAGCUCUGGGUAGCUCUGUUCCCCAUGUUCUGGUCAGCGACAGUGCGGGAAGAGCGCACCGAUCUCGAACGUGGCUUGGUCGUACUCCUGACCAAGGACUUCCAUACUCGGCAACUGGAGAAACGUCCGAAUGUGAUUCAAUCCCUCCUCGCGGGCGCUGCCAAGUCUUGGCCAGAAUGCAGGAUUCCUCCUCACGUUCUCAAAUAUGAAGCCAAAACCUUUGACGCCUGGUACACGGCUCUGGUCCAACUCGAGAACGCAGCCAUCAAGCCAGAGGUCGACUCUAAUAAUGUUAGAGAGAGCACUCUUGAUGCGCUCGUCGAGCUGUAUGCUGCUUUGCAGGAGGAUGAUCUCUUCUACGGAACCUGGAGACGCCGUUGCCAAUUCGUCGAGACAAAUGCAGCCCUCUCCUACGAGCAAAACGGCAUGUGGGACAAGGCGCAGAAGAUGUAUGAAGCAGCCCAGAUAAAGGCUCGGACUGGAGUCAUCCCAUUCUCGCAAGGCGAAUACAUGUUGUGGGAGGAUCACUGGGUCCUUUGCGCACAGAAGUUGCAGCAAUGGGAGAUUUUGCAGGACUUCGCAAAGCAUGAGAACUUCCAAGAUCUGCUGUUGGAGUGCGCUUGGCGCAACCCAGAAACCUGGCAAGACCCAACCUCACGCGAGCAACUAGAUGGCGUGAUCAAGGGCGUCAUGGAUGCCCCGACUCCUCGGCGGGCUUUCUUCCAAGCGUUCAUGUCGCUUCUGAAGUUCCACAAUAAACAAGAGAGUCUGCAGGAGUUCAGUCGAGUCACCGAUGAGGCAAUCCAGCUGUCUAUCAGGAAGUGGCACCAGCUGCCGGUGCUUCUCACAAACGCACAUAUUCCGCUGCUGCAGAACUUCCAACAGCUAGUGGAGCUUCAUGAUGCCAGCGUCAUCUGUGGAAGCCUCGCCAACACUACUCAAGCCAACCUGGACGUGAAGUCUGGCGAGCUCAAGCUGCUUUUGGGUGCCUGGCGUGACCGCUUGCCCAAUACCUGGGACGAUAUCACGGCUUGGCAAGACCUUGUGACAUGGCGUCAGCAUAUUUUCGGACUCAUCAAUGCCACUUACCUUCAGCUUCUGCAGCCACAAAACUCGGCAGCUGGAGGUGUCUCCUUUGCUUACCGAGGCUACCACGAGACGGCCUGGAUUAUCAAUCGCUUCGCUCAUGUCGCCCGGAAGCACAACCUGCCCGAGGUCUGCAUCAAUCAACUCAGCCGCAUCUAUACGCUCCCCAAUAUCGAGAUUCAAGAAGCGUUCCUCAAACUUAGAGAGCAGGCCAAGUGCCAUUACCAGAAUCCGGACGAGCUGACGAGUGGAUUGGAUGUGAUCAACAACACCAAUCUUAACUACUUUAGUGCACCUCAAAAGGCCGAGUUCUACACUCUCAAGGGAAUGUUCUUGGAAAAGUUGAAGCAGAAGGAUGAAGCAGACAAUGCUUAUGGGACUGCCCUCUACUUCGACAUCACCGCUGCCAAGGCGUGGGCUGAAUGGGGCUACUUCAACGAUAGGAAGUUCAAGGAGGACCCGACCGACAUGAACUCUGCUCGUCAAGCAGUCACCUGCUACCUUCAAGCAGCAGGCAGCUACAAGAGUGCCAAGUCUCGAAAACUCAUCGCCAGAAUCCUGUGGCUCUUGAGUCUGGAUGAUGCCCAUGGCACAAUUGCGGCUGGCUUUGAUGAUUUCAAGGGCGAGACACCCACCUGGUACUGGAUCACAUUCAUUCCUCAGCUCUUGACAGGACUUGGCCACAAGGAGGCCCCGCGCGUCCAUACCAUUCUUGUCAAGAUUGCCAAGUCGUAUCCUCAGGCGCUCUACUUCCAACUGCGAACGAACCGGGAAGACAUGCUGGCGAUCAAGAAGAAUCAAGAGGCCAAGGCCAAGGCUCGUCAACAGCGCGCCCAGUCUGCGGCUGCGGCGUCCAAGCCGAGCAGCUCCCCCUCACAGCCCAAACAGGAUACUCCUGUCCCCGCCAAGGCUGAGGGAGGUUCGAGACCCGCGACCGCGAAUGGGGAGACACCGCAACCAGUGAAGACUGAGGGCACCGAUCAACCUGCAACCCCAGCUGCGGCACCUGCCGCGCCUGCCGCUCCAGCGGCUUCUGCUGCUGCCCCUGUUGCCAAUGGCAACACUCAAGGACAAGGCAACGAGCAGAACGGCACUGCACAGAAGAAGCCGCCCUGGGAGCUCACGGAGGAAAUAAUGAGUGUGCUCAAGUCUGCAUUCCCACUCCUGGCGUUGUCUAUGGAAACCAUGGUCGACCAAAUCCAGAAGCAUUUCAAGUGUCCGCCGGACGAGGACGCGUAUCGACUGAUCGUGGCGCUCCUGAACGACGGUCUUGCGUACGUGAGCCGCAUGCCCACGUCGUACGCAAAAGACGUCAAAUUACCUUCGGCCACAGAGACCAACAUCACUCGAUUCGCGGAGACAGUGCUUCCAGCACACAUCCGACCUAGCUUUGAGGUCGAUUUCGUUCAGGUCAAGCCAACCAUGCUCGAGUACAUCCAUAAACUCCGCAAAUGGCGGGACAAGUUUGAGGAAAAGCUUGAUCGCCGGGCCGCACACCUACCCCUCGAGUCAUUCUCGCCUCACCUCAGCGAGUUCCGCUAUCAGAAGUUCGACGACGUGGAGAUCCCGGGCCAGUACUUGCAACAUAAGGACAAGAACCAAGACUUUAUCCGGAUCGAGCGCUUCUUGCCGAACGUAGACCUAGUCAGGACUAUCGGCGUUUCCCACAGGCGCCUCAAGAUUCGCGGCCACGACGGUAGUGUACAUUCGUUCGCUGUGCAGCAUCCGGCCGCGAGACACUGCCGCCGCGAGGAGAGGAUCUUGCAGCUGUUCAGACAACUUAACCAACGCCUCAGCCGUAAGAAGGAGAGCCGUCGGCGUGAUCUGCAGUUCACGCUGCCGCUCAUGGUACCUCUGGCACCGCACAUCCGCAUUGUGCAGGAAGAUACCUCGUACAUUACCCUGCAAGGCAUCUACGAGGAUCACUGCCGACGCAACGGCAUGUCCAAGGAUGAGCCUGUGUUCUUCACAAUGGAGAAGCUCCGAGGUUUGGGAGAUGCCAAGCCUAGCGAGCGUACAGCAACGGCUCGACUGGAGGUCCUCACGGCUAUCCAGGAGAAAUGGGUCCCGCAUACAAUUGCGCUGGAGUAUUUCCAAAGCGCCUACCCCGAAUUCUCGGCUUUCUGGCUGUUCAGGCGACGAUUUUCGUACCAGCUUGCGGCAUUGACUUUCAUGACGUACAUCCUUUACAUUGACAAGCGAUAUCCUCACAAGAUCAGCAUCGCUCGUGGCUCGGGCAACAUCUGGGGUUCCGAACUUAUGUCGUUCAUGGCAUCCUCCAAGCCCUUCUUCCACAAUCAAGAGCCGGUGCCUUUCCGGCUUACCCCCAACCUUCAAACACUUAUGGGACCGUUGGCGACGGAAGGAAUCUUCAGCGCGUCAAUCAUGGCGAUUGCGCGGUGCCUCACCGAGCCCGAGUUCGAGCUAGAGCACGCAUUGGCCUUGUUUGUCAGGGACGAGAUGAUGUUCUGGUUUACCAGCAGCCAUCGCAACGCCAACCUCACCGAGGCGCAACUGCGAGAGACGGUGCAGACCAACAGCGACAUGAUUGUUAAGCGGGCAGUCAGUCUCGCGCAGGCUCCUGUGGGCAACCUCCCGGCCAACCAGACGGUCAUCGAUCUGAUUGCCAAGGCGGUCAACCCACUGAACCUGGCUCUGUGCGACGCCUUGUGGAUGCCGUACAUGUGA